UGAUCAGGCUGGAGUAUGGGUUUUUCAAUGCUUCAGGAAGCUCCAGUUGAUUAGAAACACAAAAGGCGAAAAUAAUGUCCUCUUUGGAUGUUUGUGUGAGGAAUCCUGUAACACAUAACACCUGGGACAAUGGACGCUAUAUUACUUAUGAGAUUGCCAUCAAAACAUCCAAUUGUGCCUUCAGUUUGUCACAAUCUCUGACUCGCAGACGAUAUUCAGAAUUUGAAUGGCUAAGAAAGAGACUGCGCCGGCACCAUCCAUUGCUAAAACCACCACCACUUCCACCUAAGAAAAUCUUCGGGGAUCGGUUUGAUGCAGAAUUUGUAGCAUUUAGAAUGAAGGGUCUGGAGAACUUCCUUGUCAAAUUACUGGAGGUAAAACUGUUCAUGUCCGAUGCCCUAUUGCACCUGUUCAUACAGUCAGACCUCACCUGUAAGGAUAUCGAUGAUGUCAUGGAUGGCAAAAUGGCCCCUGAUGUCAUAGAGCAUUUAUGGCAAAGUGGAGGAAUCAAGGAAAACUGCAGAGAUUUUAACAAGAAUGCAGUGUUGGACACGAAGUCGGACCUGAGAACACAGGAUGAAUCAACUGAGGAUCAAAAUAGUGUUACAAGUGACAGCAGUGUCGACUUAUUCACAGAUAGCAACAGCUCAUCAUUGACAGAUCAGGAGGAGUUCAGUUCAUUCCCUCCACUGUCAGUGGUGGUGGAUGCUGAAAACUCAACAGGACAGUGGAAAGACGACCAAAACAAUAUUGACACCAGUGCAGCCGUAGGCGAAACAGUUACUACACAGUAUUUAAAACAUAACAGUGAGACUAAAUGUAAUGAGAACAGGGAACAAGAAGACAUGCAAUCUGAUUCUGAUAUAGAAGUGUUAAGUAAAGCUCUGGAGAGCGAAAGUGAGGAUGAAAUGGUAAAUGAGCAGACUACACAAUGUUCAAAAGGAACUCCAGAGCUCAGUAAUAGUUCUAAACAGAUGGAUGUCAAUUACGCAAUGAAUUUCAGCAUAAACGGUGACAUUUCCUGAUCUUAGAUUGAUGAAAUGUAUUACACACCACCUUUAAUAUUAUACCUCGUGUUGUGGAAACAGUUUGUUUUUAAAACAAUGCAUGUUGUUGUCUGAAAACAUCUUAGUAUCAGACAAGUCUUAUUUUUUGCUUUCUGGUUGUAGUUAAAGCAGUUUUGGUUUUUGCAAAUUAUCCAAAUGCUUGUUUUUUUUUGUGAUUUGUGAACUCAUGGUUCUCUAUAUGAUUUGCCCAGUAAAAAAAUAAAAAUCAUCUCUCAGCAUGAUGAUACAUGUAUUAGUGAAAUGAAAUGUAACCAAAAAUGUCAGUGUUCACAUGGUAAAAUGUGCAAUACAAAAUAUGACUGUUUUUAAGUUAUCACGUUUAUACCUUGAUGAAUUAGCACACAUAAUGUUUUCCAUUUGAUUGGCAGGGAGAAUGUAUUAUAUGUUAUAGUGGUUUAUUUUACAGCUAAAUCUCUUGCAUGCAUUUUUCAUGAUGAUCUAUUAAUUUAUUGCUUAAAUGUACACAGAGCUUCCUGUCUUGUGGCUGUUAUAUACCAAAUCCUGGAGAUACGAGUGACCUCAUUUAGUGUAGUAAAGCUUGGAAUAUUGUUAUUAAAGCUUGUUGCAAUUAUGUUGAUAUUUUUAGUGUCAAUCUGGGAUCCAUAUUUUAAUUUCUUUAUUUCCCUUCGUGCCAUUGAGCUGAAAAUUGGUGAGGAUGGUAAGGAUGCUGGCCAGGCGUUAUUUUUAAGUCCCUUCAAAAGUUCAAUGUGGCCAUCAUGAAAAUAUAUUUGAAAAUCAUACUUUUCCUUAACAAUACUGUACCUAUUUUGAACUUCUUCUAAAGUUCCACCCAUGGGGUUUGGCUGAAACUUGCCUGAAAUGAUCCACAUAUGGUCCAGCCAUGACUGCCAUCUGCAAACUUUUUACAACUUCCCCUCUAGUAUCACAUGCUAUUGAGCUGAAACUAUGAGGGAGAGUUAAGAAACUAGUAUGAAUUAGAGUGAUAAUAUUCAGAAACAUUUAAUAAUUGUUCCCACUACCAUUACUGCUGUUACAGAUGUCAGCUGUCAGAUGACUAUUAAGGCAUCUGAGUCUCUUCUUACUUUAAAAUGUGUCCAGAAUGAAAAUAUAAUUAAUGUAAAUGUAUUAUUAUUCUAUAUGAUCUGAAAACAAGGGUUGAAAACUGCAUCAAAAUUAUUCAUGUAUGAAAGUAAAAGUUUUGCCUGUCCUUCUACUACUUAACAGCAUAAACAUUACUCGUGCUGAAUGGGACUCUAUCAGCUGUGAUGUCACAAGUUCAAUGACUAAAGCAGUCACCGUUGAAAGAAUAAACAUGAUCUGGAGCAGUCAUGGCAUCCAACGUCAGAUUGAAAAUGAAUUUUUCAGUUUUGAGGAAGAAUGAUAUUGCUGACAAUAACGUUGUGUAGAUGGUAUAUACAGAUAUAUCCAAGCAUGAAAUUUGCCAGAAUUUUCAGAUUUUGAGGUUGGUUGAGGUCUGGAGGCAUUCAAUACACUUUCUCAGCAAUGAUGAGAAGUUUGUCAAAUAAAAAAUGUUUUCAGAAAAAUAAAACAGAAGAACUCUCAAUGUUGUUGAUCAAAGAUGAGUUUCUUUACUUCAUAUGAGAAGUUAGUUUGUAAUCAUUUUAUUUAUUCUACAGUGAGAACUGUUAUUCCACUUCAUGUUGUUUAACAGCAAUAUUUGGUGCCAGAUUUUUUAUAUUUAAAAGUUAUAUACAGUCGGUGAAAUAUUUACAAAAUAACUUCAGUAUUGCUGGGUUUUUUUUCGUUAAUGAUAAAUUGUAUGAUGUAUUAUAUUCAUAUCAUAAUAACAAAUUGACAUUGUGCAAUCCUUACACAGACUGAUUUAGAUAGCAUCUGUGUGGGACAAGUGCUUCAAGUAUAUUGCUUGUCUGCUCAGUAGGAGCUCAUUUCAUAAUUUAACAUGUAAAAAGUCAUGUCUGUGUAUAUGUGUCACUUUAAAUUUAACUUUUAAGUAAAUGUCAAUGAAAUAUAUCACAAAGGUCGCUAAAAAGUUCAUAUAUCAAAUGCAAUAUAGACGUUUCCCAGUAUAUAUCUAUAGGGCUGUUUUAACAGCAUUGAACUUGUGAUGUCACAGAUGCACACUACCCAUGUCGGUCAAAUGACUUCAUGAUUUCAAAAUUCAGCUUUACAUCUGCACAUCAUCAGGUUUAAUCUAGUCCUCUUGCUGCAAUAGGUACUACUAUCAUUUUGUAUAACCUAUAUAUAUAUUUAUGGAAUUGUCAUUUUUCCUUAUUUGACUUUACUUUUAAUGCAAUUUGAAACCGUUAUGAAAUCUAAACCUCUGCCAUAGAAUGUGAAAAUUUGUUACAGCUACUAGAUAUACACUAUAUAGAUGCAUCAUUAAAAUAGUAAUUGAUAA